AUGCGAGCACUCCAAGCUCGAACCCUGCCGGUGCUGGCCACGCUUGCAACCACAGCGCUUGCCCGGCUGCAGACUGGCGAGAACUCAACUCAUAUUUCUCUCAACAACAAUCACCUCAGUGUCAUACUUACCAAAUCAAGCGGUCAGAUCACUGAUCUCUUCCUUGACGGCCAAGACCUGCUUGGCCCUACGAGCGGAAAUAGCGGAAAGGGCCCCUACCUAGACUGCAGCUGCGUGCCAUCUGGCUUCUGGACCCCCGGAGGCAGCGACAAAGCGGACGUCCAGCUAAUCAAUGGAACCGACUCUGAAGGAGUCGCCUAUGGCGGACUCGUCAUGACCGAUACAUACGCGUCCACGAACCAGACUCUCUCGCAGUACUUCUUCCUUCGCGACGGCGAAACAGGCCUACAUGCUUUUUCGCGUGUUACGUACUUCAACCCUGACACUCCAUUCCUUCGAGGACUUGGGGAGAUGCGCACGCUUUUCCGUCCAAACACCAAACUCUGGACUCAUUUCUCGACUAGCGACACAAACUACGGCCCGAUGCCGUCCUCGGAUGCAAAUUCCAGGGCUGUCACUGUGCAAGAUGCAACUACCUACCUAGGCAACACCCCCGACGAUCCCUAUGUGAAGCAAUACUCCGACUACUUUACUAAAUACACUCUCGCUGAGAGCUGGCGCGCUCACGACGUCCACGGCCACUACGCUGACGGUUCCCAGAGUGCGGACGGGAACACGUUUGGCGCGUGGCUGGUGCACAACACUCGGGAAAGCUACUACGGCGGACCGCUGCACUCUGAUCUCGUAGUGGACGGCAUCGUUUAUAAUUACAUGGUCUCGGGACAUCACGGUGCCCCGGUCCCAAAUAUCACACAUGGGUUCGACCGGACCUGGGGACCGCAGUUCUAUUACUUCAACAAGGGAGACAAAGGGACGAGCAUGUCCGAGUUGCGGGCCGACGCGGCGCGGUUUGCAGAUCCGGAGUGGAAUGUGCAGUUCUAUGAUGAUAUUGCGCAGUAUGUGCCGAACCUGAUCUCUUCUAGUGGAAGGACUGCGUUUUCAGGGAAGGUUAAGCUGCCGAAAGGCGCGAAACAUCCUAUCAUUGUGCUCUCGGAGAAUAAACAGGACUUCCAACUGAAUGUCUUUGAGACUGAGUCAAAGCAGUACUGGGCGGAAAUCGAUGCAUCUGGAAAAUUCAGCAUUCCUAGGGUAGCGAAGGGAACGUACCGAGUUACUGUCUAUGCGGACGGUGUCUUUGGCUGGUUCAUCAAGGACGACGUAAAGGUCAAUGGCGGCAAAGACUGGAGCUUCACGUGGAAAGAAGAGACCGCAGGAAAGGAGAUCUGGCGGAUUGGUGUCCCCGAUAAAUCAGCCGGCGAGUACCGUCAUGGCUAUGCGGUGGAUGAGUCAAAGAGUCUUCAUCCUGAGCAAUAUCGGAUCUACUGGGGACAGUAUGAUUUUACCGAUGACUUUCCCAAGGGCGUGAACUUCGAAGUCGGGAAGAGCAAAGAGUCCGAGGACCUGAAUUACAUCCACUGGUCAUUUUUCCCAGCAAAUGGAAACCAUCUUCGCAACGAGUCUGUGUACGAGAAUGUCAAUAACUGGACGAUUGCAUUCGACCUAUCAAAGAGUCAACUCUCCCGUGCCAAAACGGCCACCUUCACCGUUCAAAUUGCCGGCACCAAGACAGCCAACGGAAACUCGAAAUGGUCGAUCAUCGAUCAUCCGUAUAGCAACCUUCCAUGGACUGUGAAUGUCAACGACGGAAGCUAUGAGUCGACCUGGUGGAUCCCUUACUUCCGAAGUGGGUCGUGUGGUGUGCGCAGCGCCGUGGCGUGUCAGAACAUCGAGCACAAGUUUGUGUUUCCUACCACAAAGCUGAAGCAGGGGAAGAACGAGUUUGUUUUGAGUUUGCCCUUUAAUGCGUCGAGUGUUGAAACGGCCGUCUUGCCGGAAGCUUUGUAUGUGCAGUAUGAUGCCUUGAGGUUGGAGUUGAAAUAG